UCAAACGUUGACAAAUUUCUUACUCUAUAAACAAAUAAUUAUUUUCAAAAAUCUUCAUGAUAUCGAAAGGAGGCAAAAAUCUUCAUGGGGCAGCACCACCUUCUCCAAUGGGUCAACGGCCAAUGAGCCAUGUCCACGUGGCCCUAUACUUAACGGUCAACAUCUCCGCUUACACGUCCUUCCCACUUUCCUUUCCUCCCUCCCUCUCCUCCAAACAAAUUUUAGCAACAAUCUCAACAUGAUCAAUCUUUCCUCUAUGAUUCUUCAACUCUCUUCCUUUCUUUCUGCAUUUCAAUAAGCUUCCUGUUAAAUUCACAUGAAGGGAAAUCUUUCAAAACCUUAUGGAUCGUAAACCUCCUGAGAAAUCCGUUAGUUUUUCAAGAAACGCCGAUGGUUUUGCAGGUCGUGAACAAGACCCUGCAAUGGAGGCUAAUAAGCCUGAGGAGGCUUCCCCUGUUCCUGAAUCAGCACUCCCUCAGGUCCUCGAAGAUGUUGAUAGAUUUAUUGACACUUUGUCAAAGAUAAAAGAUAAGUCUUUAUUGAAAUCUAAUCCUUCUGAGAUUCCAGUCUGUGUGGAAUUGUUGUUCAAAUUAUCUGAGACAAAGAUUGCCAACUACGAUUCCAACAGGUUUGGCCAAAAUCAACAAGACGAUGAUUCAUUCUUUGAGUGUUUAACUCGCAUUUCCAGGUUGACAAAUUUAUUCAGCGAAUUUACUUCCAAUCCAAUAAUAGUUGAUCCCUUCAAUAGAUCGAGCAAUCUCUUGCAUCUGUCCAUUGCUUUGUUGGACAGCGAGUUCAGAACAAUUCUAGAGAGUUGCAUUCGCAUUCCCAUCCAAAAUAUUUCAGAUUCUAAGACCCCAAAAGCUUCAAAGCAACAAUCUUUUGGUCCCAAUCAUCAGGAUCCUGAUCGAACCGAACCAGAACCAACCGAAGACGAGCAAUUUCCUGCUUAUUCCCAAGAAUCAAUCUCCAACAUGAACAAAAUCGCCACUGCGAUGAUCUCAUGGGGUUACGAGAAAGAGUGUUGUGUGGCUUAUAACAUGGUAAGGAGAAAUGUAUUCAACGUCGAAUUAGAUAAACUUGGAUUCAUCAAUACAAACGUCGAAGAUGUGCAGAAGAUGCAAUGGGAAACCCUGGAAGGAGAAAUCGUUGCAUGGACUGAUAUUCUUACGCAUUGUUACUCAGUUCUCUUCGCUGCCGAGCUGAAGCUUUGCAACGUAGUGUUUUCAGGUUACCCAUCCGUCUCCCAGAGAUUGUUCAGCGAGCUUGCGUUGGUGGUGACUGUAAGGUUUCUCAAUUUCGCUGAAGCUGUUGCCUUGACAAAACGAUCGGCGGAGAAACUAUUCAAGUUCUUGGACAUGUACGAGGCCUUGAGGGAUGUGAUUCCUGCCAACGAUAAUACUUAUUCCAAGGAAAUAAAAUCCCAAUUAUGUACUGCGAAAAGCCUGCUCGGAGAAGCAGCAGCCAGCAUUUUCUGUGAUCUAGAGAAUUCAAUAAGGAGAGACCAUAGCAGAACUCCAGUUCCAAGCGGUGCAGUUCAUCCCUUGACUCGUUACACCAUGAAUUAUCUGAAAUACGCCUGUGAGUAUCAAAACACAUUGGAACAAAUCUUCCAACAGCGGAUGAAGAAUGUAGGAGAUGCCGGCGGAAAGAACAGGCAGUGGGAUGCAGAGAUCACAGAAGGCGCCAAUGAAGAUGGCACCCCAAAAACGUCGCCAUUUUCGGUGCAGCUAAAUGGGAUAAUGGAUUUGUUGGAUGAUAAUCUGGAAAUGAAAUCAAAACUCUACAGAGAUCCUGCAUUGCGCUACGUGUUCUUGAUGAACAAUGGAAGAUAUAUACUGCAAAAGAUCAAAGGAUCAACUGAGAUUAAUGACACAAUGGGGGCGACAUGGUGUCGAAAGCGAUCCACAGAUCUGAGACAAUACCAUAAGGGAUAUACAAGAGAAACUUGGGGCAAAUUAUUGCAGUGUCUGAACCAUGAAGGGUUGCUGGUGAACGGGAAGGCGGUGAAGCCUGUAUUGAAGGAGAGGUUCAAGAUGUUUAACUCCAUGUUUGAUGAGAUAUAUAAGACACAGAGCACAUGGGUGGUGAGCGAUGAGCAGCUUCAGUCUGAGCUUCGAGUUUCGGUGUCAGCGGUGGUUAUUCCGGCUUACAGGUCAUUUCUGGGGCGGUUCCAGCAAUACUUGUCUGCGGGUAGACAAACGGAGAAGUAUAUCAAAUUCCAAGCGGAAGAUCUUGAGAAUUUGAUUGAACAAUUGUUUGAUGGAAACCCAAAUUCCAUGAGCAAAAGGAGAGCAUAACAAUCGUUCAUGAAAACGAAUUUGGAAGAACAGAAAAAGAAUCCCUAGAUUUUUUUUUUCUCAAUCUGUUCAUUGAGGUGUUAUAUUUAUCUGAACAAUGUUUCAAUGUGAAGUUAUUUGAUUUUUUUGUUUGU